GAAUCACAGACACAGGUGGGAAGGGCCAAAGAAGAAAAGAACCAAUCAUGCAUGAUCGCACUUGUUACCAUAGCAUCGCCUCUGCUUACAUCCCGGCAUAUCGUGGGUUACUCAAUAUGGCGCCAAUGAAUCCCGAGAGUGAAAAUGUGCGGAAUAAUAGACAAAAGGAAUAGAAACAGCGGAGUCUUGCUAGAGCCUCGGUAGAGUUGCUCCCGCUGCCAUUUCAGUGUGGAAAAAGGCUGCCUGGCUCAAAAUGUGGGAGGAGGCGGAGAAUUCCGUGACCUUGUUGUGCCUUACCGCCAGUAGUGGCGUGCCCUUAUACUGUAGGAGCAGAGGAGGGUCUACAAAGCAGCAGUUACCCUUUUCUGUAAUUGGCUCCCUGAAUGGGGUUCAUAUGUUUGGUUCCAAUUUAGAUGUCCAGCUGAUAGCAGCCCGUACAGAGAAUACUCACGUGAUGUGGAAAGUGUUUCAUAAUAGUAUCACCCUCAUUGUGUUGUCCUCAGAAGAAGAUGCCAGUGACUUCAGUCUUGGAAGACUUCUUGAGAAUGUUUUCAAUGCCAUGGUACUAGUACUGGGCUUGGAGGAACUAACAAAUGUUCGCAACAUUGAACGUCUCAAAAAAGAUCUAAAGUCGUGUUUUAAACUGAUUGACAGUUUCCUGGAACCGGGCAAUAGCUCUGCUGAUCUGACCCAGUGUGUGGAAUGUGCUGUGAUGCCCUCCAGAGCAAUUCUGCAGGAAUGCCUAGAAGCCUUCGCCUCUGCAGCAGAAUCCCGGUUUGGUUGCUUACUUGUGGGCAGUCGUAUCUUAUGUGCAACUGAACAGUGGUGGCAACUUGCAGCCACAGAAGCCAUGCUGCUGGUGUGGCUUGUACGUUCCCUUCCUCCACAUACUUCCCGCGAUCUGCCUGUUUACCUUCCCCAAGGCAGUCCCACGGUUCCGCACCGUUUCCUGACCUUUCAGCUUGUGCCUGAUAUAGAAAUAGUAUUGCUUUGUGGGCCUAAUCCCUCCUUACAGUGCCUGACUGAUGAGCUAGUUAAUCAAUUUUGGCAACCACUGCUGGAUCUGCUGAAGGCAACUGCCAGAGGCCCUGCCAGAUGCCUACCACCUGGCAUUGUCCUUUCUCCUGGUAUCCUGGGGUUACUGCUAAUUAAUCAAGACCAAAGGAAAAGCCUCUUUACGGUGCAACCUCAUGGGGCUUCAACUGAAGCAUCUGAAAUGUCCAUGAAGAAUCGGCUUUGUGCCCUCCGUUCUUUCUAUGCUUUAGUUACUUCCUUAUACUUUCCUUGUGAGAAGCAAGAAGAACACGCAGUCCCUCUGCAGGAGGACUUUCAUGCUGGUUUUACCCAUUGUCCUCAGCACUGUUAUAUGGUCUAUACUACACACAAAGCCUAUGUUAUCCAUGGGAGGCAGCACCAGCUCUUCUUAAUCUUGAAGUCAGAUGUACCUACCUUUGCUUUACGAUCCUUAGCAACCUGCACGCUACAGGCUCUCACAGCUGAAGAUUCGGCCUUUUGAUUUAUCUUGUUGAACUCGA